CAUUCCGGCGACGCCAGACAACGCGGCACAAUCGAGACGAGAUAAUCGCUCGUGGGACGGAGCUUUAAACUAUCCCCGUGACCGUCCACCUACACAGUCGGUCCGCAGCCACCGAACGUGCAGCCGAGGAUGGGGGUUAUGAAGACGGCGUCGGAGAGUAUCCUCGAGGAGACCGUGGUGCCGAGCGAGGAAGCGAAUUACUCGCAGCAGGGUUACGCCGAAGAAUGGAGCGAAAAUUUCCCAUAUCAGCUUCUGAUAGCGGCAGGAGUGGCUCUUGUCGGCCUGGUCCUGCUGGCAGCGGUGAGCUUCCAGUGCUCUUCCACUUGGCGAUGGUUAAUGAGCAUGACUCGACAUGAGAAUAUCGAGGAUACGGAGACCGAUCAGAUUCAACAAAAUGCGAUUCGCAUUAGUCACUCUCUCCCGGAUCUCCAAUCGGAACCGAUUACUGAAUACGUUCAAGAGCAGAAGGAUAACAAGAAGGUGUUGCGUCAAACCACUCUACCCAUCGUGCCGAUGAGACAUCAAAGCUUCCAACGUCAAUUAUCACAUCGGCUUGAUUUACCCAACAUCAAAUUCAGCAUUUGCAGCUUUGAAAAUCGCAGCGACUCCAGCCUUGGCCUUAUCAAGCCGGAGUUGUACAAAAAGGAACUCGUGAGGCAGGAGAGCGCGGAAAGCUCCAGCACGACAGAAAUGGAGUACGCCGGAAAAUUGCAUUUUGCUCUUCGCUACGACAAGGAAAUCGAAGGACUCGUUGUCAAGGUUUUGGAAGCUCGCGAAUUGCCGAUAAAAGAUGUAACGGGUAGCAGUGAUCCGUAUGUGAAGGUGUACCUGUUGCCAGACAGGAAGAAGAAGUUUCAGACGAAAGUACAUCGAAAGAAUUUGAACCCGAUAUUCAAUGAAACCUUUAUCUUUAGCGUUUCGUAUGAAGAACUGAGGGAACGUUACUUACAAUUCUCGGUUUACGACUUCGAUCGAUUUUCACGCCACGAUCUCAUUGGGCAAGUUGUGCUUAAAGGGCUCUUAGAGUGCACCGACCUCGAGCAAGAAAUCGAAUAUACGAUGGACAUCCUCUGCGCUUUGCCGGAAAAAAUCAAUCUGGGAGAAUUGAUGUUGUCGUUGUGCUACCUACCAACCGCCGGUCGAUUGACAUUAACUGUCGUUAAAGCCAGAAAUCUGAAGGGAAUGGAUAUAACCGGCAAAUCAGAUCCUUACGUAAAAGUGUAUCUGCUAUGCCAAGGGAAAAGAAUAAAAAAGAAAAAGACAACGGUGAAGAAAAACACUCUUUAUCCCGUCUACAACGAGGCGCUUGUUUUUGACGUUCCCGCGGAAAACAUCGAGGAUGUCAGUCUAAUAGUGAAAGUAAUUGAUUAUGAUAGAAUUGGAUCGAAUGAGUUGAUGGGCUGCACCGCGAUUGGUUCGAGCUUCAUUGGCAUCGGCCGUGAUCACUGGUUGGAAAUGCUAGAUAAUCCAAGAAAACCUGUGGCACAAGGGUAUCCGUUAAUGGAAACUGUAGCUGGCCAUAUUCCAGCCGUAGAUUCGGAACCACUCCCAGUAAGCCUGAGCUGCUUAAACAGCAGAUGAAGACAAAAGGCGGAGAGUAAAUACUGCAGAAGCUCGCAAAUAUUGUCGGACGUCGGCUUGGACAUUGUCUCCUUCUGUCGUCAUUUAAUGCACUUCGCUUGACUGACUUAAGUACAACCUCUGUCUCAACGGAAGGCCGGAAGGCGAACUCUGUGCUUUGCAAUCUUACCUCGUGCAGCAGGCAUGAAAUAAUAAACGAUCCGGUAUAAAACGGGUGGAAAAAAGAAAACCGAUCAUUCUCGCGAAACAUAUGUUGCUCAAUUCCGACGAAUGGCGAUCGCGAUCGGAAACGAGAUAAAUUUGCGCUGCUUUGUUUUUCUGGAGCUGUUGAUGCUCUCGCGAUUAGUGCGGGCUGGUCCCGCACCGUUUCAAACGCAGGUUGUUGUAUUAACGCAGUAUCCCCCCCCCCUUCCCCUCUUCAUAGAGCCUCCUCUUAUCACACGUGAUGUUGAGCAUGACGAUAGCUUAAAUGUUCUAGAUUAACGCGUGAGAGGUCAGAUAAAGUAAGUUUUUAUAGAAGACGAAAAUAUAAUGCGUGAGGAGCAUAAGGCCUUAUCCUCGACAAAGGUGAGAGAGGUGGACGCAUGCAGGCAAAUUUCACAGGCAUGAGGACGGAUUACAUUGGCGGCAAGAGUACAAUUGAAUUGCGGAAUAUAGAUGUCUAAGGUAGUACAAAUAGCGCGUUGGAUCUGUGCGUCGUUUAUUAUUUCACCCUCGCUAUCACUUCUGCGCAAAUGUUCUAUUAACGUGAUAUAUGUUUAAUCAUGUAAUGAUCACCCGAUACACAAACGGGUGUACUGUUUGUGAUAAUGUAUCUGACAAACACAGAAACGCAUGAAGACACACAUAUACGUACACGCAUAAAGACACACAUUAUACGUACACGUGACACACGUGGUCUGAGAGACCGUGUAUAUCAGUAGCUGCUCCGUACACGUAUGUACAUAACGUUUGCAACUGAAUCGCGACUACUCGAUUGUGAACUUGAUAAUAAAUAAUAAUAUACGUCGUGUAAGUUAAUUAUAUCGUAAUGGAGGGAAAAAAAGGAGCGAACAGUGUGCGCGCGCAGCCCUCUUAUUAUUUAAUAAAUUACGAAUAUAUUAUUUAUGUGUAUGCCGUGCAUUUAAGAAUGUAUUCGAGAUAAUAUUCUUGGAAAUAAUAUAUGAUAUUUACUAUAUAAAUAAGUUUCUAACAAGAGAAAAUUUAAUUCUUCUGAUGAGUUACAUCUGGCAAAACUUGCGAAUGUCUUUGACAGGUCUGUGUGAAUUUUGCUCUAUUAACAUAUUUCUAAGAACGUUACUCGCCGUUAAUCCGGCGAGACGUUUACACAGAAUGUAUGGAGAGAACUUGAGUACCAGAGAAUUAUGGGCGUUUCUGGAAAAUGAGAGAAAUUGGAUAUUUUCUCAAAUACAUAUUUCAUAAAUGGAGAUGCGGUGACAAAAUGCGUUUUCAAUUAAUAUUUAACAUCUUCUUUCUAUUUUAGUAUUUUCUAUAAAAAUUUUUCUGUGAUCUUAAAUUUCUCAAGUCCCUCGUCAGUCGCGUGAAGAAAUGGUAAUUACGACAAGAAAGUGUACGUAAGCUACACACGUAUAUAAUUAUAUUACGCAAAUCGUAGAUAAUCAAACAUAAUAUCAAAGUUAAUAUCAAAGAAGUGAAAUAAGAGUGACAUAUUCGACUAGCGGAAAAUGUGCCAACAAAGUAGUUGUGUAGCAGAAGUAGUGUGAUUAAUGAAUAGUACGUUCCAAUCACAUGCUUGAUAUAGAGACCUCAAUCGGCGCGCCGUAGUAAAUCCUAGAGUAUCCUCCUGUCUUGAGUCAAUAAAUUUUGUAUAUACAUAUAUAUUAAUGUAUAUUUUUCUUUUCGC